ACGAACCACCACGCAUGAUACACUUACUUCUGUAUUACCUAUCACGCGCCGCCUCGAUCUCGUUGCUCCGUCACCGAGUCAUGGGCACACUAGACCGUACAGAUUCCAUAUGUACCUACAUAUCUCCGCAUCGACUUGAGGGCUGGAGCUGAGCGGCGCUGAUCGUGCUAAGGCGCGCUGCUGGCCUCAGCGUAAGGAGCGGACAUUCGUGGGGCGCGAUAAGAUGAACCCUCUUUCCUCGUUUCUCCUUUUCCUUGUCUUUGACCUCCGUUGUCCGUCCCCUUCCUCUGUCCUCGCGCAUCUCUUUCUCGUUUCCUGUCAGUCUCCUGUACUCAGCGUAUUUCCUGCAAUUAAGCGCUCCUCGCAAUUCCUAUUGAGCGUUCUGUUCCUCGUAUCAUUUCAAAUUAUCCUACCAUGCCUACCGGCGACUCUGAACGUGCGCCCCUUCUCGACGACAGCGAUCGAGACUGGCUGUACGGCACUUCGGACUCAUCCUCCUCAGACAUUCACCAGCAAUACUGUCGCCUCGUCGGUCUGAUUCCGUGCAAUCUGACCCCAGAACAACGAGCCAAUUAUGCCAAGCCAUCACGCAACACCCUCUAUGAGCGAGCCCGCCGGAAGCGGUCCACGACUGAGAUAACGUAUGCUUUCACCGCCGCUCUAUCGACAACGAUGCUACUGAGCCAGAUCGUCAUCGGCGCAGCCCUCACCGCCCUCGGUGCCGCCAACAUUAGCCACGUCACUGUUGCCUUCCUCGGCGCCCUGAACACCGUCAUCGCAGGCCUGGUCACCUAUCUGCGCUCUCGCGGCCAGCCAAUGCGCGCUCGCAUGUUCCGCGACGACCUCGAGCGCGUCGUAGAUGAGAUAGAAAAUAGCGAAAUCAUGUGGCUGGGCAUACAGAAGGGUGUACAUGGCUACGACGAGAUCGACGUCGACGAGGUCAGCGUGCGCAGCGAGGUCGCCCGCCUCACGCGUCUGUACGAUCGCGCUAUCAAGAACCACCUACAGAGCAACCCUGAGCUGCACCAGGGCGGUGGUGCCAUGGACGCCACCAUGGCCAUGAGGGCUCGUCCGGUAGGAUCGUCGCCUGCUGCCGCCCCGACGGCCCCUGAGCCCGAGGCUGCAGAUGUGGGCGCUGUCGCCGCGCCCACAGCCCCUGUGCCCCCAGAAGAUCAGAGUCCGGCCACGAAGAAAGAUGCGCAUAAGAAAGAGGCUGAUGAGAGUGCUAACGGUGCCGCACAGAGUUCGCGAUCUUCCGACGCGGGGACGAAAAAAGACACUGCGGAUACUGCCAACGGGAGCAAGGACGCUGCGAAAGUGCCAGAGGCGGCGCAGGCCCCUUUGAUAAACGUUGAUAAGGACGAAGAGGACGAGGACGAAAGCCCGGCUGCUGCUGUGUCAUCGAAGAAGAAAGAAACGAAGUGAGGGCCAGUUAUGGCUGCAUUAUACCCCUGUUUCCAGGUGUCAUGUCUGGCAUAUAGACAGUAGCAGAGCAGAGUAGGCUAUGGAUAUCAAUUAUGGAUAAUUAUGGCAGUGUUGAAUAUGUCGAAGCCUUGCCCUUUGUGUCUCACGCACAUAGGAAGCCCCUCGAUUCUUUAUCGCCAUUACUCUCUACCUUUACUCCAUACAUAAGCAUCAACUUACAAUGCAUCAUCUCCA